AACUAUCAGUUAAAUCACCGAAGUGAGGUGAAGAUUGCAACCAACACGCGAACCGCAUUUAAUACAUACAAUGUAAGAGGUGGUUCGUGGCGACUACAUAUUACGGAAGUGAAUAAUGUUCCAUUCGUUUCUACUUUCCUUCAAUGUGGUUUCACUUGCUAUCGGGAUGUACUAGCUGAGUACUUUGUCCAGUUCUUUAGGGGCACGCAUUGAAGUUAAAUUAUUGUUUGUAUAUUAUGACAACGGCCAAACUCCAGUAUCAGUCCGGUUUCGGAAAUUACUUCCGCUCCGAAGACAGUCGAUGUCCUGGUGCAUUACCAGAAAAACAAAACAACCCGCAGGUAUGCCCGUACGGCCUAUACGCCGAACAGCUAUCAGGAACCGCUUUCACCGCACCGCGAGAACACAACCAAAGAACAUGGUUCUAUCGCAUUCGGCCAUCGGUUAUCCACAAACCAUUCAAGCCGUAUACGCAUAAAUAUGUCACGUAUGACGUGAAGGAUGUUCCACCGAAUCCAAAUCAGCUUCGCUGGAUGCCAUUUCCUUUACCAGCGAAGUCAGACAAAACGGAUUUCGUGGAUGGCCUACGUACUGUCUGCUGUGCUGGUGACCCGAAAAGCAGGAAUGGAUGCGCUGUUUACAUUUACACCUGUAACACCAGCAUGAGCGAAAACCGAGCCUUUUACAAUUCUGAUGGUGACCUUCUGAUUGUUCCUCAGUUAGGGUCACUGGAAGUCUUCACUGAAUUUGGCAGAAUGACUGUAUCUCCUAAUGAAAUUUGUGUGAUUCAACAAGGAAUGCGCUUUUCCGUUAACAUUAAGGAGGAAUCUCGUGGUUACGUGCUGGAAGUUUAUGACAAUCAUUUCAUCUUGCCAAACCUUGGUCCCAUCGGUGCCAACGGACUCGCUAACCCACAAGAUUUUUGGGCGCCAACUGCUUGGUACGAGGAAAGGGAAAUUGAAUUCGAAAUCAUAAACAAAUUCCAGGGUGCAUUAUUCACUGCGACGCAGAAAUAUUCUCCUUUUGAUGUCGUGGCCUGGCAUGGCAACUACGUUCCCUACAGAUAUGACCUCAGUAACUUCGUUGUCAUCAACACCGUAUCGGUCGACCACUGCGAUCCUUCCAUAUUCACUGUACUGACGUGUCCAAGUCAGAAGCCGGGCACCGCCAUCGCUGACUUCGUCAUUUUCCCGCCACGCUGGGGCGUAGCGGAACACACCUUUCGUCCGCCGUAUUACCACCGAAACUGCAUGAGCGAAUUCAUGGGACUGAUUCAUGGGAAUUACGAAGCAAAGGAAGGGGGCUUUCUUCCUGGUGGUGCAUCUUUGCAUAGCAUGGGAACACCGCAUGGCCCAGAUGGUCCAGCGUUCGAGAAAGCAUCGCGAGCCGACCUGAAGCCGGAAAGAGUAGCGGAUGGAACAAUGGCUUUCAUGUUCGAAAGCUCUUUAAGUCUGGCUGUGACUGCUUACGGGAAUAAGGAGUGCAAAGUUUUGGAUGAAAAGUACUAUGAAUGCUGGCAAUCACUUAAAAGCUACUUUAACCCAAACAAAAGGGAGGUCAACAUUUAGUAGACGAAAAAUGUUUGAUGUAUACCAAACCGUAUUCGCGGCGGUCAAUGGGUGCUUUGCUUUGCUUCAAGUAACUUGUAUGUGACAGAAAGAUUGAAUAAAUUACAGUACUUAACAAAA